CAAAUUACGAAGUAUUUUAUUAAUUACGAAGUAUUUAAUUAUGAAUAAAAUGAUUCAAUCAUUAAUUCUUCUAAAAGUUCCGUCAAAAAAGGGUUAUUAAUGUUCUGAUACCCAAAAAAAGAGUUGCCAUUUUUGUAUUAUCCAAAACUAUUUCUUUGUUUGGAUCGGAGAAGACGUGAAGGAAGAAGAUAAGCUUCUGUUACUCGCCACGGUUCCCAAUACAUCGAACCAUUUUGACGUCAUCUUCACCUUCAAUCCAUAUAUAAACCUCCUCGUACCAAUUUCGCCGAUUCGCUUUCAUUCUGAUCAUAUCAUCACACCUUUAAUCGAAGCAAAAUCAAGCUAUGGAUCCGAACCAACGCAUCGCGAGAAUCUCAGCUCAUCUCAAUCCUCCUAAUCUUAAUCAGAUUGGUGAUGGGUCGGGUCUGAGAUCGGUGGGUUGUCGGGCCAAAGGUGGAUCGCCAGGAUUCAAAGUGGCGAUACUUGGGGCAGCCGGAGGGAUCGGGCAGCCUCUUGCGAUGUUGAUGAAGAUGAAUCCUUUGGUUUCGGUUCUGCAUCUCUACGAUGUUGCUAAUGCUCCUGGUGUUACGGCUGAUAUUAGUCACAUGGACACUAGUGCCAUCGUUCGUGGGUUUCUCGGGCAACCGCAAUUAGAGGAAGCACUAACAGGUAUGGAUCUAGUGAUUAUACCUGCUGGUGUUCCGAGGAAACCAGGAAUGACUAGGGAUGAUCUGUUCAACAUCAACGCUGGGAUCGUAAGGACGCUCUCUGAAGCUAUAGCAAAGUGUUGUCCCAAAGCGGUUGUGAAUAUAAUCAGCAAUCCGGUGAACUCUACGGUGCCAAUCGCAGCUGAGGUUUUCAAGAAAGCUGGAACCUUUGAUCCAAAGAAACUCAUGGGAGUCACCAUGCUUGAUGUUGUUCGAGCUAAUACUUUCGUGGCGGAAGUAAUGAGUCUUGAUCCUCGAGAAGUUAAUGUUCCGGUUGUUGGAGGACACGCAGGAGUUACAAUUUUGCCGCUGCUUUCUCAGGUGAAACCUCCUUGCUCUUUCACUCAAAAAGAGAUUGAGUACCUCACCGACCGCAUCCAAAACGGUGGCACUGAAGUUGUCGAGGCUAAAGCUGGGACAGGUUCUGCAACACUAUCCAUGGCUUACGCAGCAGUGAAGUUUGCAGACGCUUGCCUCAGGGGUCUACGAGGUGAUGCCGACAUCGUCGAGUGUGCAUUCGUGGCAUCUCAUGUUACUGAGCUUCCCUUCUUCGCAUCAAAAGUGCGUCUAGGACGAUGUGGGAUCGAUGAAGUGUAUGGUCUUGGACCAUUGAACGAGUACGAGAGAAUGGGAUUGGAGAAGGCAAAGAAAGAGCUUCAAGGAAGUAUUGCGAAAGGUGUAACCUUUGUGAAGAAAUAAAGAAGACUUGGUUGUCAAUAAACACUCAAGUUUCUCUUUCAAAUAGGAAUGAUUGUGGAAUAAGAAACAAUGCCUUGCAAUAAAAGUCAGGUCUCUUUUGGGAUUUUCUUGCGAGUAAGUCCGAUCUUGAAGAUUCAAGAAACUGCGACCACUCUCUGUUCUUUUAGAUACAAGAACGUUUGAUAUGUAAUUGGGUUAUUAAAUUUUAGAACAGAGCAUUAAUUUUGUAACUUUUAUUUUAUUUUAUUUUAUCCUAUUUAAAGUAUGAGAGAUUAGUGACACCAUAACAACUUUCAAGCUGAUUGGUU